AUGUCGAACCUUGCAAGCAACCGGAUGAGCACACCUGAGGCCAGCCAGACGACGCUGCGGCCGCCGUCCUCACGUGCAGUGGGCAGCAACGCCCACCUGCGGGCUUCUGCCGAUGUGGCUGCCCUGACCGGAACCAGCGCAACCAGCCGGAUUCGGCCAUCGUCUGACUUUUAUGGACAGACGCAGCCUAGCCAGAGCCAGUCCGGGGAUUUCGAUCCUCAGGAGAAGCUUGCCCAGGAGUGGAUUGCCGAUAUCGAUCAGUACGAGACCACGCUGGAGGAGAUGGCUGCGGCCACACUCGACCAGGACUUCAAGGACGAGCUGAGCGCCAUCGAACAGUGGUUUCGUGUCCUGAGCGAGGCCGAGCGUACGGCUGCGCUGUAUGCCCUGCUGCAGCAGACGACCCAGGUGCAGAUCCGGUUCUUCAUCCAAGUCUUGCGGCAGAUGGGUAAGAACCACCCGAUGUCUGGGGUUCUCUCGCCGUCCAAUUUUGACAGGGACCCCAUGUCGAACCGGCUAAGUGACGCGAUGAACAGGCUUAGUGUGGACUCGACGAGGAACUCGAUGGCGCGCAACUCAGUCCUCUCGACGAGACGGCAGUCCGGCCUAGACCCUUCGACCAUCAAUGCCAUGUUUCCCGAUGCGGCUGCUGCGAUCGCGACGGAGAAGGCAAAGUUCACGCAGCAGACGGGCAACCCGCCUGUGUCCAACCGGAACAGCACGGUGGAUCCGAGAAACUCGCUCGUGGCGCCGACGAUCACGACGUCCGGCGAGACGGCAGCUGCUAGUGCUGCGGCUGGUGGAGCUGCCAACGGCCAGGUGCCGCCUUCGCCGUGGGGAGCUGCUCCCAGCAUCCCGCCGCCAUCGCCCGGCCAGCCGCCGAUGGGCCAGUUCGUGCAGCCACCGCCGUCGGCCAGCCUGCGGUCCCCUCGGCCUGCGGUGACGUCGGGCGGACAGAUUCAGAGCACGACAAUUUCGGCCGACAAGCAGCCGGACUUGCCGAUGCUGUCGCCGUAUACGGGAGGCGGCAACUGGGCGUCGAUGGUGAACACGCCGAUGGUGGCCAACUUCAACACACCGCAGCAGAGCGGCAACCAGGCCGACAUGGUUGCGAACGCGACGGCCAUGAAGCUUGCAGCGCUGUCUACGGUGAACAACCGGUUUGCACUGGACGACGUGCGCAAAUACCGCCGUGCGCGCUCCAACGACUCGCCCGGGGCGCAGAACCCGCUGUCUCCGGGCGCGCCGAUGCUCAACCUGCCGGGCAACACGCUUGUUAUGGUCAACGAGCACGGCCAGGUUGUGCGCGGCGACAAUCUGAUUGGGCUCCAGGCGCAGUCGCCGCUUGGGUUUGGUGCCCAUCGGUCGCGGCCCAGUUCACCGGGCAUUGCGAUGCAGGGCAGCUUUGGUGGGAUGCCGUUCACGUCGCCACAAAACAAUGGAUUUCUCAGCGCGUACGAUGGAUCGCCGCUCCUGACCGGUGGGAUGGCUCUGGGGCUGUCGCAGUUCGGACUGGGAGGACACCAUGAAGGAUACCUUUCGGACCACUCGGACAUGGUGCGUGGGCGGUCGCCGCGUGGACGGCGUGGAAGCUCGAAGCCACCUGAGGAUCCGACAGACCCGACGCUGCUGCAGGAUAUCCCGAGCUGGCUCCGCAGCCUGCGUCUGCACAAGUACACGGACAACCUUAAGGACAUGAAGUGGACGGACCUGAUCGAGCUGGAUGACGCACAGCUGGAGGAGCGGGGCGUGAACGCGCUCGGGGCGCGGCGAAAGAUGCUCAAGGUGUUUGAGCAGGUGAAAGAGGCGAAAGCGGACGGCAAGAUUUCGUCCGAAGACGCAGCGUUGACGGAGACAGCAGCGACGAUGGACGACAACGACAUGGAGAUGGACGAUUCCACAUACAUGGAAGCAGGAGACUCGACGAUGCAUGACGACGAGGGGGAAGAGGUGGGCGACGACGUGUCGGACGCGGACUCGGACUACCUAGAGCUGCAGGCGGAUAUUGCGCGACUGGACGCGAGCCGACAGGCGUUUCUGUCGGAGCACCUGGGACAUUCGUACCGACCGUCAGACGAGGAGAAGGGCGGCGUCGGGGGCGUCGCGGUGCGACGACGACGAGGACCACGUAAGGCAGCGGAGCCGACGGGGGAGGUCAAGCUGCGGCUACAGCAGGCGCACCAAUUGUUCAUGGACCACCGGUACGAAGAGGCGCUCGAUGCGCUGCACGAGAUCAUCCGGGUGAAUGCGGAGACGCACUCGGCGUGGACGCUGCUGGCAUCGAUCAACGAGGAUUUGGGGCGGCGAGACGAGGCGAUCAUGGCGAUGGUGUUUGCAGCACAUCUGGAGCCGAAGCGGGUGGCGGGAUGGCUGAGCACAGCGGACUACGCGCUGGCAGAGGCGGGCGGCGAGGAAGACGAGGAAGAAGACGAAGAAGAAGAGGAAGGGUUAGGGGAAGAGGACGAUGAGAGGGAAGGUGGGAGAGGAGGAGGGGGGCGAAAGAAGCGGCGGCUGCAGAACCUGCAGAUCGCACGGCUCUGCUACUCAGGGGCGAUCCGGGCAGACAAGGACAACAUUGCAGCGCGACUGGGAAAGGCAAACGUAUGCCUAGAAUUUGGGCAGGCGACAAACGCGGCGACGGAGUACGUGCGGGUGCUAAAGCGACGGCCGUAUGCGCUGCAGGUGAUUCGCAACCUGGCAGAGGCAUCGUACGACUCAGUGCGGGGGGAAGAGACGAUCCGGGCGGCAGUUGCGGCAUACCGACGAGCGAUUGGGAACCUGCAGCGGCGAAGCCGAGCGGCAGCAGCUGCAGCAGCAGCAGCGGAAGCGGAAGAGGGAAGGGCGGAAGGGAGAGUGGGAGGAGGAGGAGGGGGGCAGUACCAGUGGCAGCUGGUAGAGGUGCCAGAGCUGCAAGGUGAAGACGGCGAGGUGUUCUCGUGGAUGGACGUGACGAUCUACGUGGAGCUGUUUGCAGCGAUGGGACGGUACGACGAGGCGAUAACGGCGCUCAAGGGGCUGGCACGCUGGAUGCUGGGCCGGGGAGCAGCGGACGAGGCGGCGUUUUGGGAGCGGCAACAGCAUCAGCAGCAGCUCGAUGACGACUGCGAGUGGGACCGAGAGGACGAGCCACGUCGGGUCAGACUGUCCGGAUUUCAGCGCGGACGGUAUCCGGGGUCGACAUACGGCGAGGGUUUGCCGACGGACCUGCGGACGAAGCUGGCGGUGUAUCGACUCAAGCUGGGACACGAGGAGGAGGCGAUCGAGCACCUGUUGUGGCUGGACCCUCAGGAUGCCGGAACGACGGAGACGAUGCGGGCGACACCACACCUGCUCAAAGACCUGGGCAUGGAGCUACACGCAGCACGACGAUCAGAUCUAGCGCUGCAGUACCUGGACCUGUACCGGAUGCUGAACCGGCCGGCAAUGACGUCGGGGGCGGUGGAGUACAACCAGUACGGGGAUGUGAUAGAGGGCAGUGGUGGGGGGACUGGCGGUGACGACGGAUUUGACGAAGACGCCGAGGCGUUGGUGGUGCAGGGCAAAUGCAACCUAGAGCUGCACGACCAGGCAGCAGCCGAGGAGUGUUUCCUGGCGGCGAUCGAGGCGGACGUGGAGAAUGUGGAUGCACGGUUUGAGCUGGCCAAGAUGUACGAGAAGGUGCACGAGAAGGAACAGGCGUUUAUUUUGGUGAACGAGGCGUUGUCGUUAGAAGCCCAGAGAGGAGGUCCAGAGAAGAGUGGCAGCAACAUCAACAUCAACGGCAACGGCAACACGAACGUGCAGGCCAGCGCCCAUCUGCACACCAACACGAGCAAGCCGGGCGGACGGCCACGUGGCCAUGCGGCGAGCCUGGAGACGGCCGCCUAUCGGGUCUUUCUGGAUGGUGAUGGCAAAGUGGUGCGACGACGACGAAAGUACCGACGAGGCGAUGGAAACAAACGGCGACGGCGCGGCGGCGAUGGCGACGGCGACGACGCGGCUGGUGGCAGCGGUGGUGGCGGCGUUGACGCGGACGGCAACCCGAUAGCGCAUCGCCGUGUGGUCCGAGGUCAUGCUCGACGCUUCUUUGCCAGUCCGGCAGCUCAGGCCGAGUUUGAGGCCGAGACGACGGCACGGCUGCGGGCACGCUACCAGCUCUGCCGCGAGGUCAAGGCGCGGGCGGACGGCGGCGACGCGGCUGCGACAGCACGUUGGAUGGAGGCAGCACAGGAGCUCAUCGACGACUUCCGGUCGUUUCGCGAGUUUUACACGUGGGACAAGUACGUGCAGUUUCUGGGGUACAACAACUUUCUGCAGGACCGAGAAGGGGAAGGGGGAGGAGGGGGGGGAGGAAUUAUGCCAGCAGGGACAGACACAGGCAGUGAUCUGACAGCCUUGGCCGAGAGGCUGAAACAGAAUCUCACCCCAACCGACGCCAUUGACAAGACGCCAGCAGCACGACGCGACUUCCGUGGCAUUCCGUUUGACGACUGGCUGGCGCUCUUCCUCGAGUAUGCCCUGGGCCUGGCACACAAUGGACGGGCGGCUGAGGCGUACGCGGUCUGCCAGGCAGCCCACGACUCGACGGUGUAUCGACAGCACGACAGCGCCUUUCUGAUCCACCUGACCUGGGCCUCGUGCGCCGUACGGGCUGGUGACGAGCAGACGUGCGUGGCUGUGGCCCGUUACUUUAUGCGCGACCGGCCGUUUACGACCGACUGCUACCGUCUGUUUGCCGCCAUGUGUCGGCUGUGUCGAUCGUCUACGCCGUCGGCCUCAUCGGCCUCGUCUUCCACCUCGUCAUCGGCCUCGUCUCUGGCCUGGUUCAGCGCCAGUCCGGCACAAAAGUACAUUUUGCGACAGAUCCGGCAGCGUGACGAGACGCUGGCACGCCAGGCCCGCGAGGCCGGACUGGACCCGACCGGCGCAGACGCGGCUGCUGGCCUAGACGUCUGUCUUCUCGUCACCUACGGCCACAUCCUGUUCGCGUCGGCCAGCUACCACUUUGCGCUCAACUACUACCAGCGUGCCCUGGCUGUCGACCCGGGCAGUCCGGCCAUCAGCCUCUGCAUCGGGCUCUCGUACGUGCACUGGGCGCUCAAGCGACAGGCCGAGAACCGCCAGUACCUGUUGAUGCAGGGGCUCGGCUUCAUCUUCCGCUAUGUCGGACGGCGGACGUGCAGCGAGGCUGGGUCCAACCCCCGAUCGGCCAUCCACGCCCGCCGCGAGGCCUGCUACAAUGUCGCCCGCACAUACCACCUGCUGGGGCUGCACGCCCUGGCGGCCGAGUACUACGGCAAGGUGCUGGCAGAAACGGGCGACGAUGAGGCUGUGACGGGGAAAGACGGCGAGCUGGAGCUGAGACCAGACCUCCGGACGGAAGCGGCCUACAACCUGCGGACGUACUACCUGCUGGCAGGCAACCAGAAGGCAGCCAUGGCGAUUGCACGGACAUAUCUGGUGAUGUAG